CGUUAUCCAAUAUCCAUGUCAACGAAAUAUAGAUGUCAAUAAAUUAGCAAACUAUGUUGAUGAACAAAGUUGAUGGUAUGGGUUUGAUAUUAGGGAUGCAAAUCAGUCUGUCAUUAGAAAAAUAUAAAUCACACGUCAAAACGAAAAAAAAAAAAUAACAAAUAUUUGGUAUCAAAAUGUUUUCGUUUUUUUAUUUCAAAUGAAUCAAUUUAAUCUGCGUCAAAAGAAAUCGCCCAAACCAACUUAUUAUAAAUGCUUUUUUUCUCCAGACAACGACGAGGCGACGUAGCAAGACAGGAAACACGUGGUGCUUCCUCAGUCCCAGAGACCUAGCAAAUCCCAAAGUUUAUUUUGUAUACAAAACUAAAUCUCACCAAAUUAUACCUACCGUUUGAAAUGGAACAAUUAUUGCGAACCAAUAGCAAGUAUAGUGAAUGGGAAAAAAUGUGCAUUCGAAAUGCAUGACGUCAGCAUACAAACACAGCACUUCCCGAAAUUUUAAAGAUUAAAAUAGAAAAAAAAAAAUAAAAAUUUAGCAUCAUAAUUUCAGGAAACAUAUAGUGGAGCAUCGGUUAGCUUCGAAUUUAUGAAACUAUAUUCAAUCGAGUGCAAGCAAAGUGCCGCAAAAGGCGCCGCGCCGGGUUUUUCGUGUUUUUAUUUUUUAAAUUUAAUUUAAAGUGAAAAUUAAAAUAAUUUUAAAUACAAACAAAUUAAAAAAUAACAUAAUUCUAUGAGCAACUACUUUGAUUCUGAAUUAGACCGGAAAUCCUCACGUGGAAUGAUAUAUGAAAAUGAAGAGCUAAGAUUGAGAACAAUUAACAUAAACGCAGAAGUGGAGCGGGGACAAUCAGACAUUAGAAAACUACGCCGUGAAAACGAGCAACUUAGAAGAGAAAUUUGGUCAUUACGUGACGAAUACGAUCGCUUAAACAAACGUUUCAAGGCUAACAAAUAUCUACCAGAUAGCAUCAGUGAGCAUGGUCAAAGCGAGAGUAAUAGUGAGGACUCUGAUUCUUGUGAUACAUGUAGAGGAGAACCGGAUAUUAAUGAAGAAUGUUUAGAUGACCAACAUGAUUGUAUUAGACAACGUGAUAGUUUCCCUUCCCUAUCCUCACGUCAUCUUCAAUACGAUAAAGGUCCACUAGAAGAAUCUUCCCUAAGAGGAGAUUCUUAUAGCGAACAUCAAAAAAGUUCUUUUACGGAAACACCGGCACCGGAUUCAAAUGAUAGUAAUUCCUUGGCAACGGCAACAGCGGCGGCGGUGAAACAACCUCGCGAUAAUCUACAUGUGAAUUUCGAUCAUUUAUCGAUAGUUUCCGAAGAGAAUCUUAGCAAUAGUGAUGGAAAUCUUACACAGCUCCCAAUUGGCGAACUUAAUCGCCAACAAGCACACCAGCAACUACAGCAGGCACAUCCUAGUUUUUACUAUGACGAAAAUUUUAUCGAAAUCGAUGGUGCAAGAUUAUCCCCAUCGCAAUGUCUGGGAGCAAUGUCUUUACCAAGUUUAGCACCUCUAAGGCCGAUAACUCCAAUCGAAAUGGUUGCAAAUCAGUUGAACGAUUUGCAGUCAAUGGUACCUCCACUCUCGUAUUUUGAGAAUAUUGUCCAACAGCAUAUGGGAACAACCAUCAAUUCCGCUGCAGAAAGUAAUACUUCAACGAAUACUGGUGAUACUGUCAUUCAGACAAAUGGCUGGGACUAUAACAUUCAAUCGCCAUUUCUUCAGCGAAAAUUCCAGUCAUCCAGUCAUUCCAGCGCAUCUUCGAAUUCGACAUCGACAACGAUGUCACUAUCACACCUCAAUAACCCCCCAAACUCCUCUGUUCCUGUUCCUGUUCGUGAAUGUAAACACCAAGAGACAUCAGAUACCAGUACAAAUAAUAAUGGUGGCGGCGGUGGCGCUUACAAGAACCUCAAGCAUUUUUUUUCGCCGAUCAAACCUCGUUUGAAAUUAGAUACUGCUUUAGCUGCUGCGAAGGCGGCAGGACCAUCUUCAUCAUCAGCAUCAUCAAUUCCUCCACUGGCACCGGUGCAAUAUUUUGAGCGUUUGCAUCAUCACAAUUGUGAUCCCCCUGAUGUGUAUGUUACGAACGCACUAGCGAGUCCUUAUUAUCCCCAACCAAUGUCUGGACUGUCACUGCCAUCGGUGUUGGUGCCUGCUUCAGCCAUUCAGCAGUCAUGUAUCGAACCCAUAUACGCAACAGCACAAAAAAAAUCUCACUCCUCUGAGCAGAGCCUAGCAACGGCGCCGGAAAGUUCUAAAAAUUCAAUAAAUCUGGAGCAGAUUCUCAAUGAAAUUGGAACAAUGUCUGAGGACAUUCUUCAAAUGCAAUUGGAGAAGAGCAAAUCACAGGAAAAACUUUCCACUACCGAUAGCCAAUUUUUAUCCAACACAACCAGCUAUAGUGCAACAUCGACACCACUACACACAGCAACAACACAUACACAAACCUUACCAUCGUUAUGUGGCCCCAACACAAAUUUGUCUAAAGAUCCAAGUCAAAAGAAUCGUAAGCCUUAUCGUUCCGAAAUGAAUUUAUUAUUAAGCUAUAAUGGAACAAACCCAGUUAUAAUACCGUUAGCCAAGAAUAAUAAUAAUAAUAAUAAUCAAACAUCAGGUGGGGGCAUUUCGACAAGAAGUGAUGGCGGCGCAACGGACCGAGAUGUAAAUAGUCCGUCGCCACCACAAUUGCCCACACCUAUGGCACCGUUUCCAACCAAUCUAAUGUAUUUGGGUUUUGACAGGCUUAAUCAAUCUUUGGCUGAUAGUGGUGAGAUUUUAUACCCGGGUGCUAGAGCGACGGCGACGAUGGCAGCUUAUCAAUGUAUGUCUUUGCCUUCGCCAACGACAUUAGAUGUGAUAACACCACAGCCACAGUUACCACCAUUACCAAUGCAACCGCCUUCACCACCUCCGCCUAAACCUCCGUCUCCGCCACCUGUCCCGCCCGCUCCUGACGGAGUUGAAAUGCUUCCUGACGACAAUAGACUCCUGCAUGAUGUAAGUGGCGGCAUCUUGAGAUUGCGAGGCCAACAAGAUGCUUUGAAUCCAGUAUUGGCUAUAAGUAGCCCAGAUUUAUCAACGUCACCAUUGGCCACAAUAGCUCCACUUAAACGAAGAAUAUUCUCAAGACAAAAAGACGAUGGAAGCAGUUCACAAACAACUCGUUCGUUUGAUGCCGCUGAUGUAAAUUCAAUUAGAAAUGGAAAUGAUUCCAUCGCCAGCAAACAACAACCUAAUCAACAACAAACUGAUAUCAGUUUAGCUGAGGCUGUCAAGAAUAAGCUGCUGCUUGAAGGCAGUUCUAAUGAAAUCAACAGCUAUGAGAGUUCCUCAGGUUCAGAGGCUACAAAGCGCAAAUCAUCAAGGCGAGUUUCAAUAGUUUGUCAUGAGAAAAAGAUCGAAGAUAAAAGUGCGCCCGAUGCCACUGACGAUCAACAACAUCAACUGCAGCAACAACAACCUCUAACGGCGGCAAACACAUCCGUCGAAAAACUUGACAAUAUAAUGCCAUCAAUGAUAGUCAAUUUAAAGCACGCUCAUAGCACCCCAAAUUCACCACAUUCCAACAGGCGUCGCGGUGGUAUAAAUACAAAUUCAGCGAUAUCAGUUAAUAGUGGCGGUAGUUCGACGCUACACCAUCACGGCCAUCAUCAUCAUCAUCAUCACCAUCAUCACAGUCGGAAGCUAAGUCAGGAGUCAGUAGCUGAAGCGCGUUGUCCAAGUGUGGCCAAUAGUAUUGUAAAUAGUAGCCAGGAUAAUGUACUAGGCGCUGCAGCAAUAGCUUCACCGAGUCAACACUCGACACGCUACAAAUGUUCAAGACGACAUUCCGAAGGCACAGUGUCAUCGGUAGUAGGUGGCGGCAUUCCAAUAGCAGGUAGUAGUGGCAACCGCCUUAGCACGAGCACAGCAGCAGGUAAUCAUCAUCAUCACCAUCACCAUCAUCAAGAUAGCAAUCAAGAAACCGGUACAUCGGUUUCGGAGAGAAAUAGUGGAAGUUUGGCGUCAUCGCGGGACUCUUCCACAAGCUUAAGUAUGCGAUCUCAGCGCCGAAAGAUCUCAGUUAGCUCGCACACGGGGGGAAAAAUUCCUUGGUGUGGUUGUUGGGGUAAUGGGUGCCUUUAAUAUACUUUAUGUGUCCAAUAUAUAAGAGAAGCUGUCAGAAGUGCAAUAUCCGAUGUUAUUUAUCAAAAAA